CCCCUCUACUAUUGCAAGUUAACAAAUAUACUCUUCUACUACAUUUUUGCACAAAUGUACCCCUUUAUUAUCAAAAUGUAACAAACGUACCACUUUAUCCAACAUUCCAUUAACAAACUAUGAAAAGUGAUGGAAAGUGACCAAAGUGUCCCUCAUUUAUUAAAUAGUAUUUUCAUUUAUUUUCCAGCAGACACCGAAUGAAAAUUUCCAGGAACCUCAGAUAACUCAAUGGUUCCAUCUAUUUCUGAAGCCAUUUCCAGGAACCUUGGACAACAUAACAUACUAGUAUUAUCACUAGUUUAUAGCUAUAAGAAAUAACAUAUAAUUAAUAUUAUCAGGUUGGAAGUUUAGAGAUAUGUUUCCUUCCAUAUGUGGCUGCUGAGUUUUGGAAAUCCCUCUCCGAGAUACAUACACGCUUACAAAUAUCAUAUAUAAUUUGUAAAACAUUUUGGUACUGAAAAGGUAGUCUAUAAACAUUUCAAGUUUGGCCACAUUUUUCACUCGUAUUUUUAGAAUUUGUAACUAAUGGAUAGCAUGACUCUUUACUUAAAGACUCAUAGCACAAUUCUAUCUCAGGUGAAUUUCGUCACUAAAUUGUGUUCAACAUUAACAAAUCGUCUUUGAAUAUCAAAAUGAUUAGAUAUGUUAUUCUAUCCAUAACAAAACGGCAACCCGCCCUAUCUCCACCAAAUAUUUCAUUAAGCUUAGCCAUGUGAUCAAGCAUGCCAUAUCAGUACAGAUACUUUCUUGACACCCAUCCCAACACUUACCUAACUAUUCUGGCAUCAAGAAUUUUUGCGGCGAAUACAUUGACAUGGUGAAGUUUUCUUGGAGCUCGUCAUAUGCUAAAAUCAAAAUCCAGGCUCUUGGUUUGAUUCCCGAAGAAGUUCCCAUUGCUUUCAGUUCAAAACUUGUGGUUGCCAAAAUUCAUACUGUGCCGGUUUGAUAAACCGGCACAGGGCGUGCACCAUGCACACAUGGAGGAAAUCUCAGGCGACUGAUAGUGUCAGUUUCAAGGAGUCUCAUUUUUAUGAGUCCCAGGGAGGGAGGUGAAGAGUCAAGUGGAAGAAGGUCUUGUUUCGGCCCUUGGCGGACACUAGGCACCAUCGUCACCUUAUUACCUAAGUCUUCGUCUCAAUUUCGGCCCAAAAUCAACAUUCAACACCCCCCCCCCCAAGAUUAUUAUCCGUAAAAUACGAUAAACGUGGAAAGAUAACAGCGACGAAGACAACUUUACAUGUGGUUUCCCCACUCAAUUGGAGUGGGACUAUUGCACGGAGAGCAUGAACACUCUCGAAGAAAAAUUAAAUGCUCGGCUAUCUCUCUCGAGUUUAGUCCAACAACUAAUAACCCAAUUACGUAAUGGUCCUAAUAAAGCAACAUGUAACAAUAAGGACCACCAACACUCCCCCUCGUGUGAAGGAGUGAAUGUCGAGAAGUCCAAACUUGACAAAGAGGUGAUGGAACUGGUCCACACCGAGCCCCUUUGUGAAUAGAUCAGUCGACUGGUUGGUGUAUACCCUCCCCUGGCAAUAUCCUGAGACUGAACUCAUUCCUUGAUGAAAUAGAAAUUCCUCUCGACAAAACUUGUCUCGUCACUCUUCUGAAGGUGUAUACCCUCCCCUGGCAACACCAAAAGCAGACAAGCAUCGGUUGGAUAGGUAGUGAAAGAUCGACCAAGGGUCAGGGGCUGGAGAUGGAGGGAUGAGUGACGAGAAAGAUGAAUAGAGCUUCGGCAGUCAACCCAUGAGGGGUCGGGAUUAUGGUGAUAGAGAAGGAGGUCGUCAGGGUAGCAAUGACAUCGACAGGUAUGGCGGUUAUAACUUUACGUAUGAGGGUGAAGAUGAACUAGUUUGUAGAGCUAGGCCAUCGACCAUUGUGUUUCUUAAAAUCAACGGCAAGGAGGAUGUCGGGUUGUGGAUUUAUGCUACAAACAGGUUGUUCAAAAAACCAUCCUAUCGUAGAGGAAAGGAAGGCACAUCUAGUUCUUAGUUUUCUAGGUCUGAGAAUCCUAGAAUUUUUCAGAUGAUGUAUAGUUCAAUCCUUGAAUAUAUAUAUAUUGUUUGUUUUAAAUCCUCCUUAUUAUGGUCAUUGCAUUGGGAAUAUCAUUGUACACGUGAUUAUAUCACAUCAAAUUCAAUACACGUCUGACACCAACCCUUUUUACUACUUGACACAUGCAAAAUGAACUGUUAGCUGACCCACGUGUCUUCCUAGCACGGAUCCCACGAGUGACCCUCCUUAGGAGGAUGGUAGGAUAUAGAAGCAUAAUGAGUGGGAAAUCCAUUGUGGAUUCCCUCAAACAUAUAUUCACAUGUCAAGUAGAACGUUUGAUUCCACUAAAUCCAAGUCGUCACAGGUAAAGUGGGAUCAGCAGGUCUUUCGUAACUAAGAAGGCCAUACACAUGGGCAUUCAACCUAUGUAUAGGUACAAUAGGCCUCUAGCUAGGGGUGCAUGAUCUAGCAUUGUCCCUCAUCCACUUCAUACCCCAAUUUCAGCGUGCAACUCCACACAAUUCACAAAAUCCAGGAAUCUGGACUAUUUUCGCAAUGUAUCAACAAAAAUUAUAUCGAUCUCAUCAUAAAGUUCCAAAUGUAUGUGACUCUGAGCGAUACCUCACAAGAAAGCCUAACACAACACGCCUAUGUAUCUUUGCCUAUUAUGUAAAAGGAAAAGCACAUACAUGGCUUCAUUUCCAUGAUAUUUCCCUACUACUCUUCACCUGUUCCACCAAAGUCGAGCAAAAAGACUAUAUAGACGCACUAGUUGCAGCUGGGAGACUCUCCUACAUCGGUUUGUACCUUUUCCCUUGAAUGAAUGAAUCGUGUGUGGAACAUUGUUGAAGGAGUGUUUAUUAAAGUAGGUGAGACAUUUAGACCUUAAUCAAUUCUCCUUGUCCUUUUAUGGUUAUCAAUGCUUUCUCUAAGCAUUAAGAUGGUGAUUGCAUGUGAUAUGAACGGUGUCAUAAGUGGGUAUCUUACACAAAACCUCUAGGGUUUGAAUUGACACACUUUGUACAUUGGACUCAACCUUCGGCUUGUGCCAAGUCUUGGUGGAAAAUCGUCAUCUUCGCUAGAAAAUCGCAAACUUUGCCCGAAAAUUGUCAAAACACCUUAAAAAUAGUCUCAACUUGUCCAAGGUCGAGUAUGAGGUGGAAGCCGGGUUUGGCUGGGCGGCGAUGAUGUUUGAUCUGGCUAGAGGAGAGAAAAUGUUGGUCGGUGGCAAAGCUUGGUCUUACCGACGAUGAUGUUUCUUGUGCUCGGUGGCGAAAAAUAGCCUUUCACUUGCUUUUUAAGAUAUUUAAUUUCUACUUGAUAAUUAUAUUUUUUGGGAAAAUAAAUUAUGAUAAUGAAGAGGAAAAUUAAUUUUUAUGAAAAAUAAAAAAAAUAAUGUUUAAGGCAUUUAUCACUUUCCAAAUGAACAAAAGACAAAUAUGGUAUUGUUAGAUUUUCUCUCCUUUUCUUUUCCUAUAUAAACAAACUAAUGCUCUUGUACCACAUAAAUCACCGAUUGAAAUCUCAUAGAGAAACAAACUUUCAUAAAUUCAUCAAGCUACAAUCCAUAUUCCGAUAUAAUGGAGAAGACUUAUUUCAAGAUGUUUUACAUCCUGCUUUUGAUUUUUGUUGUUUCCGGUAAGUAUAUCUUUGUCCUUGUUGUGUGAUUGCAUAUAAGUAAGUAAAUUUUAUUUAUUAACAGAAUAAAUAGAUUGUUUUCUUCAAUAAUGUGGUUCAUAUAAUCAUCUAAAAUACACAAUUUGGGAUAUACAGGUGGAAACAAGAAUCAAAUUGGAGCAGAAGGUAGAUAUGUUAGCAAACCGUGCGGAAGUCAAGAGGAUUGUGCUUCUUGGGGCCCUCAUUGUCACUGUAACUUGGGACUUUAUGUAUGUCUUUGCAAUGUACCACCAAGUGCAACACCUUUUUUAAAUUCCAAUGGAGUUUGAAAAGGGAUGUUUAAAAACAUGCAUCUAUAUCCUAUCAAUAAAAGAAUUUGCAAGGAAAAAAGAGUGUUAUAAUGUCCAAUUAUCUUUUUUAAAAUAACAAAUUUGAUAGUCAUACUUUUGCUUUCUACCGUGUUAAUAUCAAUAAAUAACAAAAAAAAACUAAAACAUAUGUAAUCAACAUCUAUCUAUUCUUCUCUUUCAUACUUUUUCCACUUCCCGGUAGGUGCAUAACCCUUGGAUUUCAAUUUUUUUUACAGAUGAAACGAGUUCGUAGUGUUCUACAAAAUGAGAUUCAUUUUCAAUAUAUUUCGAGAAAAAAAAUUCAUACCACUCGUUACCACCUAGUACCACCUUCAUUUUUAACUCAAAUUUCCAAAAAAAAAAUGCAUAGAAGGAACGAGUUCAUCGUGAUAUAUUGAAUCUACAAAUUAAAAAAAAAAUACAGGACAAGUAGGAACUAGCAGGCAACACGGUCCACUCCUGGAAGAAAACCAGCAAUGCUUAUUAGGGGUGUUCAAACAAAAUGAUUAUUAUGAUAACCGUUUUAAUCGGUAGUAUUUGGAUAAUUUAAUUUUGUUAGAAUUUUUAAAAUGUUUGGUUUAGGAGAUGUUUUUGUUAGGAUUCAGACACUCCUAAAUAAUGAAACUGUAAUACUUAAAAAAAAAAAGUAAACACAACUGGGGGAAAGAAAACUGAAUAGAUCCUAAAAGUUUAUGAGAUCUAGCAUAAGACACAAUUAAAAAUUGUCCACCAUUAGGUAUCUCAAGGGUCAAGGCAGCUUUGAGAGAAACGUCUUUUUUCUCCUUCUCUUCAAGCCACUUCCGCAGUUAAAGGCUAUUGUUGAGCUUUAAAAUCUAUUAUACUAGCUUUUUACCCGGCUCGUUGGCCGGAGAGAUUUAUUUUAUAAUUUAUAUGUUUAAAUCAUUUUGGAUCUUCUAAAUAUUUUGUAACAGAGUCUGUAGUAUGUCUAUAUUGAAAUUUCCAAUAUUUAGCACACUCACUUGUGAUGCUUUGGUUUUCGAAUCAUAAAUUAUGUCGCUGUCACGUCCCAUUUAGAACUUAUGUCAAAAUUUGUCAACCAAAACACUAAUAUUUAGCGUACGCCAACCUAAACCACACACACACAUAUAUAGUUCAAGCUAGCAUGUGCCAGGAGUACGUUAUACUCUUGCGUUCAUACUACCAUACGAAAUUGAGUUUUACUAUUUAGACCCGAAUUAACCGGAUUUUUUGGGGCAUUAUACUAUACCCUAACCUCUAAUAGGUGAACUCUAGUCCCUAAUUCUAUAACCUCUAAUUUAUGCACAUACUUCGUAAUACCUAUCUUCUAUCAUAUCUUGAGUUAAAUAAAAAGUAUAGUAUACCUUGAUAUUACAUAUACAUGUAUAUAUGUGUGUAUGUAUAUUACACUCAAAAUUAUCUAGAGAUCUCGCUUUUACCCCCAUAAUGCCAGAAAACCAUUGGGGUUGUCUAUUGCUCGAUAUAUAAUAUAUAAAAAGGUAGGGAUGACGGGAUCAUAGCUCGAUAUGUUUUAUUAUGUUCAUCUUACCAGAGGUUAUGUUCUUUUUUGCUUUUUUGGCUUCUUUUUCAUUCUACUUUAGCACCUAUGGUUGUGAUCGAGGUAUUUAGCCCUCAAAAGGGAUUGGGAUUUAAGGUCUUUUGGAAAUCCAAUACACAUUCAUGAUCCUCGAGUUUGGACGAACUCUCGACCAAUGUCUAAAAAUUACGACUUUUUAGUGAGAAAUUCUUAGUAAUUUUUACAACAAUUACGACUUUUUAGUGAGAAAUUCUUAGUAAAGAUACUUCAUUAUUGGAUUUAUUCAUCCAUAUUGAAACUUGACACACACUGUAGCCCUCAUGAUGACUAAAUUCUCUAAUCUCGACUCAUUUCCAUUUUGGAUGUUUGUUUUUUUUAUCCAGACACUUAAAUUUAGUAUAUUAUAUAAUCUGUAUCCAUUGUUAAUUUUUGAAGUUUAUACUAAACCUCAACCGGUGGUCAUUGUUUAUAUGUCGACUUAGAAUCUCAAUCUAAGGCACUCACACACACUAUCGAGGAUUUUUGGUCUUAACAUGGUCGUUGAAUGUGUAAUUUUCAAAGAUUUUAUCGCUUAUACAUUAAUAAUUGAUAAAGAGUGUUUCCAAUACACACAUAUUUUAAGUGCAUUUAAAAUGUCUUAUCAUUUGAACAAUAUCAGUGUAUUUCAUUUGAUUAUUUGCAUUAACUUAUUAUCUCAUACAACAUAUAUUAAUUCGUUUUUCUCGAGUCUAGACGAACUGAAAACCAAUUUUGAGAGUUGAGAUUAUUGGAUAAAGAUACUUGAUUGCUGGAUAAGUAUGUUUAUCCCAAUUGACGAUCUUACUAAAAAUUGCCAACCUUUAUUUGGUAAAUGUCUAUGUUAGUAGUUGAUGAAACGUGAUGUUUAUCGUAGAUUCUGAACAAAGAUUUUUCUAACCUUCACAUCUAUUAUUUUUCAAUGAAUCUUGUGUCUCAUCCUAGGGUAUGAAGUCAAAUUUAGUCAACAAUCAUACUUAAGUCAUUUUGAAAAUUUUGAUUUAUAAUCGUCGAAGAUAACUCCAAGUCUGAAAGAAAAUUUCUUAGCAUACGACUUAGAACCUCAAUAGAGCUUGCUCAAUCAACAUGAUAUAGAGCAAAUAUUAUUAAUGUGAACUUAGGUCACAUUAUCAAAUUAUUGCACAUGCGAUUCCUCUUCAUUUGACGAAUUUAAGGUAGAACAUGAUCUGAAUAAAUAAGAAUUCUUUUUAAAUAAAUAACUGUAACUACUCGAUCAAGAUUAUACUCUGACAUUUUGCUAAAUAAUACUGUUUUAUUUUAUAGAUAUAUAUUGUACGAAUAAGAGAGUGUUUCAUUGCAAGAAAAUAUAAAGUAAUUU